CGAGAAGGUAAUAUUUUUCUUUACCAUCUUAUUGUCCGAAAUUUCAUCUUUCCAUCUGCUGUAACACGAGUAAGAUCGGUUCGCAUUUCGAUGAGAUCGAUCUCCGAAACGAAGGACUAUGCAAAAGAGUAUGCAGCAAGGACGAUAACUGGCGGCGUGAUUUGCAUAUAUAAAGAGGGAUAACACCUCGUGCAUCAACAGUAAAAUCAAUAAUGAUUCAAUUAAUCGCAGCGCCCGUCAACAUCGAGAGGGACUUGAAGCUGAUGACGUCAAUAUUGGGAAUCGAGCAUUAUACGUUGAUCAUACUAGGCGCUAUCACAGAAUACCCUGUAUUGCACACGCCUUGGCUGCUGAUGCAAUUCUGUGUCAUCGCCGUGGAGGUCGUUGUUGUCUUUGUGAGAUUCUUCUUCGACGGUUUACACGUUAAACACAACGAAAUACUGCAGGCGUUAUUCACCGUCUACAAUUGGCUGCAAGUCUUCUGUCUCUUUUAUCGACAAGCUCGAGGAGCGAAUUAACGAACAAUUUACUUUUAAUAAUUUGUACAUCUCCU